GAUUGACAAUUGACAAUGGUCAGGGUGUGUCAAAUGAAAAAGUAAAAUGUUUAAAACAAAGAAAAGACUGAGAAACUAUAAGUUUUAGUAUAUGAAAAAUCCACAUUAAACAGAAAAAAGUGAUUCAAUAGUGUCUUGCAACAUUUAAAAAAAUUAAGCAAUUGUAUUGGCCCAAAGAUUAUCUGUGACAAUUAUUAAAACAGCUGAUUAUUUAAAUUGUCAUAAAGCUGCCUUACCUACAGUCAUAUUUAUUAUUUUGAUUUUAUGCUUAUGGCUUGUUUGAAUUCGGUGUCAAAAGGGGUCAAAAGUCGGAAAGUGUUGUAAAUUUCUCAAAUGACAGUCAAAAAGUCUAGUUUGUCAAAGUUUUUUUAAAAUUAUGGCAGGAAUUAGUUGUGCAGGUUUUACCUUUUAUAAUGAAUUUGAUUCUGCUAAUCUGGCAAAGGUAGAACAAGUUUUCAGCCAAUCUAAUGAAAUCGUAGUGAAACAUCUAAAAAAUCCUUUAUUACAAGAAAUUAUUGAUGCUGAAUUCAAUAUUUGGACAAAACCUGAUUGCUGUGGUACUGAAUUUGAAAAUGGAAAUAGGACAUGGUUUUACUUUGGAAUUAAAGCCCCAGCUCCAGCAUUACUAGUAAAAUUUAAUAUUGUCGAUUUAAAUCGACAAGGAAAAAUGUAUAGUCAGGGCAUGGCCCCAGUAUAUCGAAUAAUACCAGGAAAACCAAGAUGGGACAGAAUUUCUGAUAAACCUACUCAUAGUCUGAAUGAUGACAUAUUUACCCUCAGUUUUAAAUUUCGCACUCCAGAAAAUUUGGAUAGUAUAGUUUAUUUCGCUUUUACAUAUCCAUUUUCUGUAACCGAGUUGGAAAAAAUGUUGACCAAUGUUGAUACGAAGUAUUUAAACAUGAAACGUAUUUCUGAUGAUGAUAUUUACUACGUUAGAGAAACAGUGUGCCAUUCCUGUGACGGCAAACCAAUAGAUUUAAUAACAAUAUCUUCUUAUCACGGGAUAUCAAAAGAGAGAGAAGAGAAACUGAAAAAUCUGUUUAACAGAAGUAAUGUACCUAGACCUUUCAAAUUUUCAGGUAAAAAAGUUAUAUUUGUUUCUGCAAGAGUCCAUCCUGGAGAAACUCCAUCAAGUUUUGUUUUCAAUGGUCUUUUAAGUCUUUUAUUGAGUAAAGACGAUUUAGUAGGACAAUAUUUACGUAAAAUGUACGUAUUUAAACUGAUACCGUUUCUAAAUCCUGACGGAGUAUCAAGAGGCCAUUACAGAACUGACAGCCGGGGUGUAAAUUUGAAUAGGGUAUAUCUUAAUCCUAGUUUAAAGGAUCAUCCUUCCGUGUAUGCAGCUAGAGCGUUGAUAAGAUUCUAUCAUUUUGGAUAUGAAAAGGAAGAUCACAUACCCAAAUGUGAAAAUUGUAAAGCCGGUUUACCAGGAAAUCAAAAAGAUGGCUAUCUAUCAGAAGAAGAAAUCAAAGAUGAUGCCAUAAGAAAAAAAGUAUCUCGAAUAUCUUUGAACGAAGAUAGACCUUCUCAAAAUUGGUGUACAAAAUGUAAGAGUAAUAUAUUUAAAUUGGAAGAUACUAUGCCAGGCAAAUCUACCAUCAUACCUACUUUCAAAUUAAACUCUACGAUAGGGCAUAAUUUCUGCAGGAAUUGUGGAGCAAAAUUGGAACAUACACAAAGUAAAGAAGAAGUGCAAUUCGAAAAAGUGGUCGUAGGGGCUCACGGUGAUAUAAAUUCUAAUGAAUCUGGACUUUUUUUGUACAUAGAUUUACACGGACAUGCUUCUAAAAAGGGUAUAUUUAUGUAUGGGAAUCACUUUGAUGAUGUAGAAAGAAAUGUAGAAUGUAUGUUAUUACCUAAACUCAUGAGUAUUAAUAACCACAACUUCCAUUUUCACGCUUGUAAUUUUACGGAAAGAAAUAUGUACUUGAAAGAUAAAAGGGAUGGAAUGAGUCGAGCAGGCUCUGGCAGAGUAGCUGUUUUGUCUCUUACCGGCAUAAUUAAAAGUUAUACUCUCGAAUGCAAUUAUAAUACUGGCCGAUUGGUGAAUAUUUUGCCACCAACUAUUAGAGAACCUCAUGGUAAAAUGCAUACUGUUCCUGUACCUCCUAAAUAUACCCCUCAAAUAUUUGAAGAGGUAGGAAGAUCGUUGGGAGCCUCAAUAUUAGAUUUAACUGGUAACAAUCCUUUUACGAGAUUGGCAAAUUCCGAAUUCCAUACAUUAAAUGGUCUCAGAGAUUGGUUACGAAAUAUGGCAAGAGAACUGACAGAAUCUCGACCGAGAAAAGGGAAACUUGGCAAUAAUCUCAUUCAGGGUAAAGUGGUUCGUCCGAUGCUCAAGAAUCGUUCUGUACUCCCCAAAUCACUUCCGAAAAAAGUAAAAACGAGAAGUGCACCUAUUCCAUUAGACAGAAAAGAAAAUUUAGCUCAAUCCGCCUCAUCAAAGACAUCAAUGAAAAUCAGCAAAUCACCAUUUAAAGCGAAGACUAGAAAGGAAUUGACUCUUAAAUCGAAGAAUUCCGCAGAAAAAUUGAAACCUGUUGCGAAAGUUAUUAAGAAACCUGUAAGUGUAGGUACCAGUAAUCAAUCCAACUUAAAACUAGAGAGCGUUCCUCAAGCGGCAGGUACAACGCAAUCAGAUAAAUCUAAAGAUGAAGGGGUCCAUCUGAGAGAGAUUUGUUUUAUCAAUAACAGCGAAGGUAAGGCGGUUAUAGCGAAAUACGAAAACACCGAUAAAUACGAUGAUAGUUUAGUUGUGGCCUGGGGAAAAAAUUCCGCUCACCCACAAUUAUUUACGCGCAAAACUAGAGUUUUUUCAGCUCCCCCUUAUCAUCUUCCGAAUAAAUCUUACUCGGAACCGAGUACAAGCAAACAGGGAGGGGCAUUUCGUGUGCACAAUUUCGCAAAAACCAAAGCCAGAAAAAAUUUGAGACGAUUAGCAAGUGCCGCCGACAUUUUGGGAAAAGCUGAUAAAAAAAAGAAGAAAAAAUUGAAGGCCAAAUAAACACCUCAUCGAUUUAAAUAUAUCUGACUGUCUUCAAACAAAUUUUUUCUGUACUGUAAACAAUAAAUUAAUGUCGCCAUU